AUGUCCCAAUCAAAAACACGAGAAAGUUGCAGUUAAGAUGUUCAUUACCUUAAGGAUAGCAAUUUGUCGUAGUUAUUGUACCAGAGCGGCAAAGCAGAACAUCACAAAGAAAGACAGUAGAGAAUUCAAGAAAAGAUUUUUUGAUACAUUGAGAUUAUAUGUAAAAGGUGGUUCAGGUGGUCAAGGAUAUUCCAAAUAUGGUGGUGUAGGUGGGAAAGGAGGUGAUGUAACACUACGCUGUGUAGGUGCUAGUUCACAUCUGGCAAAAGUAAAAGACCAAUAUCCUGAGAAGAGGUGUAUAGCACAGACGGGUAAAAACAGCGGUAAACGCCAUUUGUUAGGAGAUAAUGGUGAAAAUCUGACUAUAGAAGUGCCUGCAGGGAUAAUAGUUAGAAGCGAUGAAGGAAGAGAGCUAGCUGAUUUGAAUAAAGAAGGACAAGAGUUUGUAGUUGCUAAGGGUGGCAUUGGUGGUCACCCUGGUAACAAUUUUCUUGGAAAAGCAGGAGAGCGUAAAAGUAUUACACUUGUGCUGAAACUUAUAGCUGAUAUUGGACUUGUAGGUUUUCCAAAUGCUGGAAAAUCCACUUUUUUAUCAGCAAUUUCAAGAGCCAAUCCAAAAGUAGCUAGUUAUCCUUUUACAACAUUAAAACCCCAGAUUGGUAUGAUGGUAUAUAAUGAUCACAGACAGAUAACAGUUGCAGAUUUACCUGGCCUUAUUGAGGGUGCCCAUGUAAAUUAUGGACUUGGACAUAAGUUUUUACGUCACAUAGAAAGAACUAAGUUAUUAUUAUUUAUGGUAGAUCUUUUUGGGUUCCAGUUAAAACCUCAUACUACCCACCACAGAACAGCAUUUGAAACGAUUAUAUUACUUAAUAAGGAGUUAGAGCUUUAUAAAGAGGAGUUGUUGGACAAACCAGCUGUUUUAGCUCUGAAUAAGAUUGACUGUGAUCCAGACGGCAAAGCUGCUGAGGAAGUAUUACAGAAACUUAAAAAUCUACCAGAUUCAUUAUCAGAGAUUCCAGAGGAAUUACGACCACAAAGACUUGUUAAAUUUGAUGAAAUAUUUGUGAUAUCUGCCAAAGACCAAAAGGGGACUGACAAUAUGAAAUUAAAAUUACGUCAAUUACUAGAUGUGUAUGCCGAUCAAAGUAACACAGAGUUAAGGCUUCAAAUGAAAGAGACAGCUCAUAUAAUUGAAAAAUCUAAAGAACAUAGUAAAUGGAAACUUGUGUAGAUUCAAAUGAAAUUGUUUGUUUUAAAA